UUUGUGCUUCAUCUGUCCGUCAUACAGGUCGCACGAUCGGUCCCAACAUCCCCCCACUUUCUCUCUCGCCGAAACUUUUCCCGCUGCGUUUGUAACUGCACGUUAUCGGUUGCAUUCGUGCGUCGUUUUCCCCGCGUUUUUCCACCGCAACUUUUUCGACAAGUUGGACUCUUCUCUUACACGACAGCGUACAACUCUCGCAGGGUCCAAAGAUGCCGUUGUCCGAGUUCCGCAAGAAAAAAUUACUCUUCGUCUUCAACGCUUUUUUCGAUGUUAAUGAAAGUGGUACCAUCGACAUGAAGGAUUUUGAUCUCGCCGUCCAACGAAUCUGCAAUUCCAAGCAUUGGAAACCGGACGAUGCCACAACGCAGCAUAUUAAGAAUACUUUGACUAAAGUCUGGGAAGGAUUGCAACAACGAGCCGAUGUCGAUCAGGACGGACAGAUCAGUCGAGACGAAUGGUAUUCGAUGUGGGAAGAGUAUGCGAAAGAUCCGGCACACGCACUCGAAUGGCAACAAACAUACAUGAAUUUCAUGUUCGAUCUCGAGGAUUCAUCCGGUGACGGAUCGAUCGACGAGACCGAAUUCAGCAAGGUGUGCAGCAGUCACGGAGUUGACGAGGCCGAGGCACGCGAGGCGUUCAAGAAACUGGGGGUGGGUAAAGAAGUGACUCGCGAGAAAUUCGCCGAUCUAUGGAAGCAAUAUUUCUGCUCCGACGACCCGAACGUACCUGGAAACUUUAUAUUCGGAAAGACUUCUUUCUAACUCCGCUACCCCGUGUAAUUGAAAAAAACAAAAAAAACCGCGCAUAUAUAUAUUUUACGCCAGGUUAUUUUAUGUAAACGUAUGAAUUGUUAAAGAGAUAGGCGCAAAACUCGAUGUAAUCUACUAGUCAAAAUUCUAUUUCAUUUAUUGCUCUCCCGUGUAACCUCUCAUAUUGAAAUAAUAUAAUUGUAAUUAAACGAGAUCGCGAGAGGAAAGAGGAGAGAGGGGGAACUUUAUAUUAUCUUCCUGCUCUUUAUCGCCACUCUGCGUGUAGCUGCGGCAUGUUUAAAUCUCAGUUACUAUUCUAAAAUAACUUUGGUCAAAUUAAACGAAAUUUCGCGCAAAAAUUAUAUUUUUACUUUUAUUUACCUCGUUACCAAGUUUUUAUUGUAUGCGCGAUUAAUCGAUAUAUGCAAUACGCAAUAAAACACAAAGUUAACGGCAUCGAUUAUUAAAUCUAGCUUGCAGUUUUUCCUUUCGUUGCUCUACGUAACACGUUGUCCCUUUAAACGGCAUUUGCAACAAUUUCCCAAACUAUUAAUUUCAAACUUCUCGUUUUCCACUUCUGACAUUCUACACGGCCGAAAUAUUCCGAAAAAUCUAACAAGGUGUAUUAAAUUCUUCGACUGCAAACUUUCCUACGCUAAAUAUUUCAUAGUGAGUAUGUGCUAGGAUUAAGUAUCUUUAUUAUCUUUACGGCGCAUAUCGAUCCAUCACCGCCGAAGAGCUAAUUACGUCGUAUAACGUGUAAAUAAACGCCCUUGCGAAUAUUAUAAAAAUGGUUACGCUGUUUCGAUACGCGAAUAGAGACGCGACCGGCGAUAAUUUAAAAGUAUAUUUUUUCGUUGCAUAAUUUCGUCAAGUAAAUUCAAGUUAAAGUCUCUCUUUCUUGUUACGGCGAUCUCGUUUUGAAUGCGUAUAUUGAUUAUAAAAGACACCCGAUUGUACAAUUCGCUGAAAUUGAUUUGCAUUUGGCGCCAGAGAAAAAGCGAAGUUUCUCUCCGGUUUGCGAAAAGAUAUUUGGAGAAUUGAAAAACAAACGGUAUCCGUACUGAACACGCGUACCUCUGGCAAUCAUAGUAUGUUUUUUCCAAAGCACUACGGCUUUCAUUCGUUUCACAAUACUUUAAUAUUGUCUUGUGCUCUUACGUAGCCUUUUUUUUUUUUGGUUUUAAUUUGAAUCGUUUUCUCUCUACAUUCGAAUAUUUUCGCAUUGUUGAAAAGGAGAUUUGAAUUGUACUACAAAAAGCUGUGCGUAUACGAAAAAAAGGAAAUCGUCCGGAAGAAAUGUAAAGGAUUGAUAAACGCACGCUAUUCGAUUAACUGCUCUCCAUGCAAUGAUGGGAUUGUUGUUGCGUUGCGUUCGUAUCAAAUCGUGUACAUCUGUACGUUAAAUGAGAAUUGAAUUUUACACGGAUGGUCAGUUCAAUCAACUAACGAUUAACUGGUGCCGUGUUGAUACUUCACCGUUAAUUGUUGUUCUGUUACAAAUUUGUGACAAAACUUUCGUUGUGCGUAUCUGAUAUCAUUGUUUGUGUGAUUGUAUAUUAUUGUAUAAUUAAGAAUACAUUCGCGUCAAACGUAUUAUGAAAUUAAUAAAUGUGUCUUUUGGGAAUUAAUGAUUAUUGUAAUAAUAAAUGUACGUCAUAUAAUAAGAGUAAUCAAAUUGUUUGCGAAAAAUAUAGGAUUGUAAUUUGCGUAUUUUGCUUAUUAAUUUCUAUCAGCAGAUCAUUCUAUUUUACGGGACUGACAACGAUAGAGAAAUUGUAUUCUUUAGAUUCGCUUUAAUUAUCGAUCACUGCCCGUAAAGAGACAAACAUAACAUAUAUCGAAACAGCAGUACGUUUAAUCUAUCGAGUGUGUAAAUAAUAAUAAAUCAUGACGAAUAUUUUCCGUACUUGUUAGAAAGUAAAUGUACUGAGAUAAUAAUCCUUGAAUUUUCUCGUUCGUCCGCCAUAAGUCACAUAAACAUCAAAUAUAUGACGCGGCUAUAAGCAAGAGAGAAAUACGAAUGUAAUGAAACACUCGUUGUCAAUUGAAAAUGUUCAGGCACGGAUUAAGUGACAUGUUAAAUUUUAAUGAAAUGCUCAACAGCAUGCAAAAAUUUGUAAUUGCAAAAUGUUUUCAUUUUUUAUUUCAAUUAUCCAUAUGUGAUAAGGAGAUUAUCGGUUAAUAAAAUAAUUAUCGGCAAAUUUCUAUUAUAUAAUUUUCGAUUCAUGAUUUAUGAAUGUUAAAAAAUUAUAUCUAUAGCUUAUCUGAUAUGUCAAUGCAAUUUUUGUCAAAAAUUUACGACUUUUUAUCAAUAAAAAUUAGGUUGACUCCGUCAAUUUUUUACAUUUCAUAUUUUCUCUCCAAUAAUUGGAUAUUAAAUUCUCUUUUUCGCAAAUGAUAAUUUAUGCAUAUUCUAAACAGAAGAAUCAAAGUAUCUUAACCUGUGCCUGUAGUAUUGUAUUGUAUAUGGUUUCGUGUUAACAGAAGCAUUUACAUGCUUACUUGUUGUAAUAAACAUGUACUAUUCCUGUUCCUAAAAGAUGCAUAUAAAAAUAUGUUAUAUAAAUAUCACAGCAUGUCUCUAUACGUGAGAGAAAAUACGUCGACGAGAAAAAAAAAUAUAAAGAAAUAUAUACUGUAUAAAAAUUAAAA